CAGCAGCAGGCAGCAGGCAGCAGCCACAUAUCAGGUUAAGAGCCACCUCCACUUCAUUCAAGGGAAGCUCCUGGUUCAGAUAAAUGAGCCUCCCUCCUGGAGUCCUGAAUUCCAUCAUCACUGACCUACGUCUUACUACUUUGGACCAUUUCAGAGGGUAGCAGCUGAGGAGUCCAAGAAUGAAGACCUUUGCCUCUGUAGUACUGUCGGGACUUCUAAUCCUUGAGGUUGUUCUUGCUGCCCCUACAAAAAAUGAGGAGAAAGCAAGGAAAUUGAAACAGACACAAUCAUUACCCGUUGAUCUUUUAGAAGAACAUGGUUAUGUGAAUCAGGAUCCAAGAAAUUUCUUUGAGUAUAAGGAUGACCUGAUUAUUGACGAACCACUGAACAUAACUUCAAAAGACAAUAUCUAUUUUCUGGUUUUAUUCUCAGGCCUUCCAACCUGCCUUCUCUGUACCUGCCUGAGUGGAUCUGUUUACUGUGAUGACACAGAUAUCAAAACCAUACCUCCUCUCCCCAAGGAGACCACUCACUUUUAUGCACGGUUCAACAAGCUCACCGACAUAAAGAAAGGAGAUUUUGCUGGGCUAAAUCACCUAAAGAGGAUUGACGUGACAGGUAAUAGGAUUUCUUCAAUUGAUGAAGAUGCUUUCAGGCAGUUGCCUGAACUGGUCGAUCUGAUGGUUGCUUCAAAUGAACUUGUGCAGCUUCCAGAGCUACCCCAAACUAUGGUCAGCAUUGAUGCAAGUUACAAUAAAUUGAACAGCAGUGGGAUAAAGAAUGAAGCAUUCAAAGACAUGAAUAACCUUGAAUAUCUAUAUCUAGCUGGCAAUUUAUUGAAUCAUGUUCCAAUUCCUCUGCCUGAGAGCCUCCGUUCCAUUAACCUACAGAACAACAAUGUUCAGCAGAUUAACGAUGACACUUUCUGCAACUCAAAGGACAUACACUAUGUUCGCAAGGCCCUGGAGCUCAUUCGACUGGAUGGAAAUCCCAUUAAUCUUAGCAAAACACCUGGUGCCUACAUCUGUCUCCCACAUGUGCCCUAUGGCAAUUAUUAAAGAUCUCUAUUUCUAUUUCCAGUUCACACAAAAGAAAUCACAGCAGGCCAAAGC